AUGAGGGAUACGGUCGCUUGGUUGUCGCUGUUGGCGACUAUCUUCGCUUUGGUGACAUCAAGUCACAGCUUAAUCAACACAUCUCCCACGCUGGAAAUAGCGGACGGAUUGCCUGCCACAUUAAGACUCGGAGUCACACUUUGGCUCGGUGAUGGCGAGUCAUGCACCGCUGAAACUAUCACCAAUACUUUGACGACUGGAGAUAUCUCUCCAGGCGCCAAAGCAAUUACUAUUACCGAGGCUACGACCAAGACUGUUAGUGGUUGUCGAAAUGCUCCUACUCUGAAUGUCAUUGCCGAUGUCGGUAUUGGACCAGUGGCUGCUACCGCGAGUGCGGCCAUAGCAUUGCCCAAAAAUGGACCUAUAAUAACAGUCACGGAUUACACAACCAAUACCAUUACAUCGUGUACAUGCACAGAUGACUCGACAUCAACACCUAUAACCACAACCACAACCACAACCACAACCACAACCACGUCAACACCUACAACCACGACGACGUGUUCAACCACAACAUCGAUACCUAUUACCACAACCACAUCGACAACCACACCGACAACCACAACCACAACGACGUCGACGCCAACAACAUCGACAACCACAUCGACAUCGACACCAAUCACGACAACCACAUCGACAUCGACACCAAUAACCACAACCACAUCUACAACCACAUCGACAACCACAUCGACAACCACAACCACAACGACCCACAACGACAUCGACAUCAAUAACCACAACUACAUCGACGUCGACGCCAACAACAUCGACAACCACAUCGACAACCACAUCGACAACAACAUCGACAACCACAUCGACAUCUACACCAAUAACCACAACUACAUCGAUAUCCACAUUCACAUCCACAUCCACAACGACGUUGACGACAACGACAUCUAG